GCCUCGCCAUUUUCUUCUCUUCCUGGGCGCCACGUGGGCAGCCACCACACCGCGGUAGGGCUGGCCUGAGCCGACCCUGGGUCUUGGGCCAGUUCCGUGCGUCAGCUUCCUCAUCAGUAAGAUGGGGUAAUGACAGUACCUCACUCAAAGGGGUUACUGUGAAGAUUAAACGUAAAGUCCCUUUACACAGUGCCUGGCACGAAGUGAGGGCCCAGUGAAAGGUAGCUGUUAUUAUUGUCCCAGGAUUCAUUUUAAGCAGAAGUCCUGCCCCUGCAAUCUCACUUGGUCGUCUGUUUUCUUCCGGCCGGCGUAGGAAACCUUACGAGAGAGGAUUAGGGGCCUGAAAAAGCUGACAAGACGGCAAAUAUGGGAAGUGGAGCCAGUGCUGAGGACAAAGAACUGGCCAAGAGGUCCAAGGAGCUAGAAAAGAAGCUGCAGGAGGAUGCUGAUAAGGAAGCCAAGACUGUCAAGCUGCUACUGCUGGGUGCUGGGGAGUCAGGAAAGAGCACCAUCGUCAAACAGAUGAAGAUCAUUCACCAGGAUGGCUAUUCACCAGAAGAAUGCCUGGAGUUCAAGGCUAUCAUCUAUGGAAAUGUGCUGCAGUCCAUCCUGGCUAUCAUCCGGGCCAUGACCACACUGGGCAUCGAUUAUGCUGAACCAAGCUGUGCGGAUGACGGGCGACAGCUCAACAACCUGGCUGACUCCAUUGAGGAGGGAACCAUGCCUCCUGAGCUCGUGGAGGUCAUUAGGAGGUUGUGGAAGGAUGGUGGGGUGCAAGCCUGCUUCGAGAGAGCUGCAGAAUACCAGCUUAAUGACUCCGCAUCUUACUACCUGAAUCAAUUAGAACGAAUUACAGACCCUGAGUACCUCCCUAGUGAGCAAGAUGUGCUCCGAUCCAGAGUCAAAACCACGGGCAUCAUUGAAACCAAGUUUUCCGUCAAAGACUUGAAUUUCAGGAUGUUUGAUGUGGGAGGGCAGAGAUCCGAGAGAAAGAAGUGGAUCCACUGCUUCGAGGGAGUCACCUGCAUCAUUUUCUGUGCAGCCCUCAGUGCCUAUGAUAUGGUGCUGGUGGAAGAUGAUGAAGUGAAUCGUAUGCAUGAGUCUUUGCAUCUGUUCAACAGCAUAUGUAACCACAAAUUCUUUGCGGCUACUUCCAUUGUCCUCUUUCUCAACAAGAAGGACCUCUUUGAGGAAAAAAUCAAGAAAGUCCAUCUCAGCAUUUGUUUUCCAGAGUAUGAUGGUAACAACUCCUAUGAUGAUGCGGGGAAUUACAUAAAGAGCCAGUUCCUUGACCUCAAUAUGCGAAAAGAUGUCAAAGAAAUCUACAGUCACAUGACCUGUGCUACAGAUACACAGAAUGUCAAAUUUGUGUUUGAUGCAGUUACAGAUAUUAUCAUCAAAGAAAACCUCAAGGACUGCGGCCUCUUCUAAUCCUCACCAUUCCUCAGGUAUAAGUUCUAUAAACAGGCUUGGAAUCUGGGUAAUUAAAAACAGAAAAUUAUAGUCAAUAUACCACGACAUGAAGAAUGAAUCCAUUCUUUGGAGACGGAGUAUACAUGACUGCAACUGUAUUUCAUACAUUCUUUUCAAAGUGGGAUAGCUAUUGCAGCUUAAAGAGCACAGGCCAGUAGUUAGAAGACCCCCCAGGUUCCAGUACUGGUUUUCCAACUUAAUACAAAACAGUGAAUACUUUA